AUGCGCGGCAAUGCGGAGAAGAUAGACGAGGUGGCAGACGUUCCCGGUGCGAGCAAUGUAAAGUAUAUUCUUCGUGGCGCAAAAACCCUGAGACUGAUCGUCAACUUGGACUCUAAGCGAGACAGUCACAGGGUGGCGAUAGCCCGCGGCGCCCCCAUUGAAGACCUUCCGGUGACGCUAGACCUUAACGUGAUCUCCUUCUCCGAAAUGAAGGACGCAAAGUUUCUGGAACUGGAAGGGGCGCUGAAGGAAUUGACCAAUGCGGGCCCCAACACCAAGUGGGCCGUGGAUCGAAGGUUACUGAUUUUGGCGAUUGACUUGUCGGAGGGGCCAAAAAUGAGCAGCGAGCACGCGCCAGGGACGAAGUUCGAACUCGCCUCCAUCAAGGCGAAUUCGCAGCUAGGCACAUCGGGUUUUCGUGUAAAAAUGAAACUCCACUCCGUUGGGGGUGGAACAUGGCCGUUACUGCUGUCGCCACGGAGUCUGGCCAAUGUGACGGAUGAAGCUUCCCCUGCGAGCGCCGUUGCGAGAAGGUUGGAUUUCAGUCCGCCUGUCUCGCUGCCAAGACUGAUGGAUUCACGUGGGGCGCAGUCUGACGUCGUGGAGCUUGACGAAUGCAUCACGUUGGAUCUGUCAAGGUUGCCUGUCGUGCGGUUGCGUCUCAAUGUCGAGGGCAAGUGUGGCCAGAUAGUCGGCUUCACUGGAGACAUUCUCUCGGGACUCGGCAUUAGUUUGAAGGUGCAGAUUUAUAGGAAGGCGGACUCGCCAGUACGCGCGCGUCGCCCGGGGAAAAAGGAGAACGUAAACGUCUACAAGGAGGAAUGGCCCACAGGAGAGAGCCUCCUCGUGGUAGAGUUUGACUCCUCCAAAGGGAGUCUCGACCCAGAUGGAAAACCCAGACGCAAUAUUAGCAACGCCACUCGUCUCAUCGUAGAUGAGCAGUACAUUGUGGAUUUCACGGCCACCGCCCCCAUUGAAGUUUUGCCAACAUUCCCAGAGGUAUUUCAGAGUGUGAUCAACUAUAUUAGCUCGACAGACACCCCUUUGCCCUCCUUGAAUAUGCCGGCCGUGCGGGAGGCGGUCGCAAGGCAUUUUCCAAGGUGCAGCAUGUCGAGAGAAUUGAAGACGCUUGUUUGGGAAGCCGUGCGCUGGUACAUUAUUAACGAAUAUAUGUCCCACGAACACUACGAGGCAGGGAUUUCCCCACCGGCUAUAGGUGCGGUGUAG